AUGGCUUCUUCUGUUCCCCCAUUACCCCCACCAAGCGAUAGUCAAGCAUACUGUGAUAUCUCCGCUCUCGAGGGUGGUUUCUUGUCAUUACCAUGCCACAUGUUCGUUAGCACAGCACCUGAGGACGAGAGGAAACUUGUUCCUUCGCUGUCUUUCCUCAUUACCCAUCGUAACUCACAACGACGUAUCCUUUUCGACCUCGGUGUCCGGAGCGAUUUGGAGAAUUAUCCAGAGACUGCGAAAAAAAUGGUAUCGGAUAUAUUUGAAGCGAGAGUACCGUGUGAUGUGCCUAUGUCGCUUUCGAAAGGGGGGCUUAAACCUGCGGAUAUUACCCACGUGUGCUUUUCGCAUUGUCACUGGGACCACACAGGAAACCCGAGCCUAUUUAGUAAGGCGCAAUUCAUUGUCGGUGCUGAUGCGGCAUCGCUUUUCCAGCCUGGAUAUCCGGAGGACCCAAAGAGCACGUAUCCGUCUGACUUACUUCCCAAGGGACGAACGGAGUACUUCGAUACUACUACUGAGGCGUGGAAGCCUAUUGGCCCGUUCCCUCGUGCAUUCGAUUACUUUGGCGAUGGUUCUGUGUAUUUCAUCGAUGCGCCUGGACACCUUGCUGGCCACAUGAAUUUCUUAGCACGAACGUCUCCGGAUGGCGGAUGGAUCUAUCUUGCGGGAGACACCGCACACGAUUGGAGACUUGUACGAGGCGAAGGAGAUAUCGCAACUUAUCACACUCCAGAAGGAGGGAUGGGGUGUAUGCACGUGAACAAGAAAGAUGCAAAGGCUGCUAUUCAGCGUAUUGCCGACGUACUCACACUACCGCGUGUACGUGUCAUUCUGGCGCACGACGCUGAGUGGUAUAACGAUAACAAGGGCGGUGAUGCGUUCUGGCCUGGAAAAAUUCCUUCGCUUUAG